CAGUGCAACCAGCUUGGAUCAAGCUAGCAAAAAAUUAACUUCUGGUGGGAGGAGUAAGCUAUCGUAGAACAUCAAACCUUUUUGUUUGGGUGAAAUCAGAAAGUAAUUGCUCCUUGGGUAUGCACGUAGAUUGAGGUGUUGUGGCGGAGAAGCUACGAGCUAACGGUUGAAUGUAAGCGUUGCUGCAGGGCUCGUAACUACUAGCUGCUCCGACAGACUCUAAACAUGGACAAGGAACAGCGCAACACGGUGGUGUUGAACGCUUCAAAGAAGGAGUUGUUUACGGCUAGCAACGGGUACAAGUCUCUUCAGAAGCGACUCAAGGCUCAAUGGAAGAUACAGAGUAUUAAAGAGGAGCUGUCCUCGGAAAAGCUGAAAGGCGUCAAAUUGUGGAUAACUGCUGGGCCAAGAGAGAAGUUUACCGCAUCGGAGCUGGAGGUGCUGAAGCAGUAUCUAGACGAAGGAGGGGACAUCCUGGUGAUGCUCGGUGAGGGAGGAGAAACCAAGUACGACACCAACAUCAACUUUCUCCUGGAGGAAUUCGGAAUCAUGGUCAAUAAUGAUGCAGUGGUGAGGAAUGUUUAUUACAAAUACUUUCAUCCUAAGGAGGCCCUCGUAUCUAACGGCGUAUUAAACAGAGAAAUCAGUCGUGCUGCAGGUAAAGUGGUGCCGGGGACCACAGAGGAUGACAGCACCAGGAAUAAUGCUCAGGCUCUGACCUUCGUGUACCCAUACGGGGCUACGCUAAGCGUGAUGAAGCCCGCCAUAGCUGUUCUUUCCACCGGCUCUGUCUGCUUCCCCCUUAACCGGCCUAUCCUAGCUUUCUACCAGGCAAAGGAGAUGGGAAAGCUUGCCGUUCUUGGCUCCUGCCACAUGUUUAGUGACCAGUACCUUGACAAAGAGGAGAACAGUAAAAUAUUGGAUGUGGUGGUUCAGUGGCUGACGAGCGACAACAUCCAACUAAAUCAGAUUGAUGCUGACGACCCAGAGAUCACAGAUUACACCAUGCUACCAGACACAGGGCGCCUGUCCGAGCGCCUCCGAGUGUGCUUGCAGGAGGGGGAGGAGAACCCCAGGGACUUCACCUCCCUCUUCGAUAUGUCAAUGUUCAAACUGUCCACAAACACCUUGCCUCAAGUAAUAAGCGCUUACCAGCAACUCAAUGUGAAGCAUGAGCCCCUGCAGUUGAUCACGCCCCAGUUUGAGACGCCGCUACCUCCGCUUCAACCUGCUGUCUUCCCGCCUGCGUUCAGGGAUCUGCCCCCACCCAUGCUGGACCUGUUUGACCUGGAUGAGGCUUUCUCCUCAGAGAUGGUGCGCCUGGCACAGCUUUCCAAUAAAUGUACCUCGGAUGACGAUCUUGAGUUUUACGUGCGCAAAUGCGGGGAGAUUUUGGGGGUGACGGGAAAGUUGGAUAAAGACCAGAGAGACGCCAAACACAUUCUUGAACACAUUUUUUUCCAGGUGGUUGCCUUCAAAAAAUUAAAUCAGGAACACGAGAACACGGAGGCACCGUUUUCCACAUUCUGAUUAUUCAGAAUACUGUAGAUUCAUAGCCUAUGUUUUCAGAAGUCCAUAAAACUGAAGGAUUAAAGCAACAGGCAUGGUGGCCUUAAUGCAAUUUGACCAUGUCUAAGGCCAGAAAAGUUGGUCUGAUAUCAGGUGUAUAGCACACAAUACAUGAGGAUAAAGUCAAGUGGAUGUUUUGCAGAGAAGGCCCGCAUAAAAAUAUAUAACAAGUAAGCAUAUUGUUCGAAACAAAACAAUGGUGUGAUGAAUGAAUAUUCUGUACUGUAAAUAAAUUAUAAAUACAUUGAUUAAAAAACUUUAUUGGAAUGUCAA